AUGCUCAUACUGAUCAUAGUACACUUUGUCACUCUACCCGCACUGACCUCGAAAAUAGUCAGAGGGGACACAACAAUGGAAGAUAAAAGUCUACCGUUAAUUAGCUCAAGAGUUGUAAGAACUAAAUAUGGUGAUAUCAGAGGUUUUAUUGUGACGCCUGAAUCAAGGUAUCUUGAGCCAGUUGAAGUUUUCCGAGGUAUUCCUUACGCAUCACCGCCAGUUGGAUCUUUGAGGUUCAUGCCUCCCGUGUCUGGUGCUCAGUGGUCUGGUGUCAAAAUAGCUGAAGAGUUUAGUCCAGUAUGUCCGCAAGUUUUGCCUGAUAUAAGAAAUGAAACGGCUGUUCUGAAGAGGAUAUCGAGAGGAAGGCUUGAGUAUUUGAAGAGAAUUUUGCCCUUUUUGACAAAUCAAUCCGAAGAUUGCCUAUACUUGAAUAUCUAUGCUCCGGCACAAGCUGGUGUUCGUGACGCUGUAGCGAGGUAUCCAGUUCUAGUCUUCGUGCACGGAGAAAGUUACGAAUGGAGUUCUGGAAACCCAUACGAUGGAACCGUCCUGUCGUCCCACGCGGGUCUCGUGGUGGUCACCAUAAAUUAUAGACUCGGUAUUUUAGGUUUCCUGAAUCCUCGAUCAGACGAUUUUCCAAGAUCUCCAGCAAAUUAUGGUCUCAUGGACCAAAUAGCAGCACUUCACUGGAUCAAAGAGAAUGUGGCGGUGUUUGGUGGUGAUCCAACAAACGUGACGCUGAUGGGACAUGGAACUGGUGCAGCUUGUGUCCACUUUCUGCUCACAUCUCUCGCUGUACCUGAAGGUCUCCUCUUCCACAGAGCGAUCUUGAUGUCAGGUUCGGGUCUGAGUCCUUGGUCGCUAGUGGCCGACCCGAACAAAUACGCUGAAAUUGUCGCCACUCACGCCAAUUGUUCGCCUGAACUCACUCCGCCCGCUUUGCUGCGGUGUUUACGAGAAAGGCCGCUAGAGGCUUUGUUAUCUGCGCCCGUCAAAGCUCCAGAUUUCGCUUAUGCCUUCGGUCCGAGCGUCGAUGGAGUUGUUAUCGAUACUGGAGAUAUGCUCGUCAACCCCGAGUCAGGGUAUGAAUGGCAGGUGGCGCGGGCCUCGCUCGGUAAAGGAGCAACUGCGGUUAAUAUUAUCAAUGCGGUGUUAAUGCGGAAAAGUGCUAUUGCUCAACUUACAAAGUACGAUCUCAUGUUAGGAGUAACGAAAGCGGAAGCCUAUUUCGCUUUCAGCGGUGAUGACGUCCAAUAUGGAAUAGAGGCAGAUAGGAGGUCUAAGAUUUUAAAAUCCUUCGUAAGAAAUACUUAUAGCUAUCACCUCUCGGAAAUCUUAGCUACUAUUAUCAACGAAUACACGGAUUGGGAAAGACCUGUGCAGCAUCCUAUCAAUAUCAGGGAUGAAACUCUCGAAGCCUUAAGUGACGCGCAAGUGGUAGCACCAACUGUUUUGACAGCGGAUACUCACUCAGCCCUAAGACGAAAUUCGUACCUCUAUGUUUUUGACUAUCAAACUAAAUAUGGAGACUAUCCACAGCGUCAAGGUUGUAUUCACGGCGAGGAGCUUCCCUACAUAUUCGGAGCACCUCUCGUCGGUGGACUGGCACAUUUCCCUCGUAACUACACGAAAUCAGAAGUGUCGCUGUCUGAAUCUGUCAUGCUUUACUGGGGAAAUUUCGCAAAGACUGGGAAUCCCAAUGAAGCUCAAGAAACUGAUCCAAUAAGAGCGGGAAGGCAAGAGAGAGUAAGAAUGAAAAAUAUUGAAUGGACUGCGUAUGAAGCGGUUCACAAGAAGUAUUUGAAUAUCGAUAUAAAAUCAAAAUUGAAGAAUCAUUAUCGAGCUCAUAGACUAUCAUUUUGGCUAAACUUGGUGCCUGAUCUCCAUCGCCCCGGUGGAGAAGACGUGCCUCAGUCACAUCAUCAACUUGAAAACGAAGAUUCUUCGUUGCAACCUACGCUUAAAACAUUUACACCGCCAUUUAAGAAAGUUACAGAAAUGGUGCUAACCGAUUCUGGUGUGGCUACUAAAAUACCAUUGUUGUCUGUUUUGAAUGUUACAUCACCAUUAAAUUUUAACAUUGUGGGCUUAAGUGCUGUUACUCAAAGUACUAUCGGAAUGUCUGAGGUUCAUACAAAAGAUGGAUCAACGACGUCGCCACCAGAGGAUGGCUUCGCAGCAUAUUCAACGGCUCUAAGUGUAACAAUUGCUAUAGGAUGCUCAUUACUCAUACUUAACGUUCUCAUAUUUGCUGGAGUGUAUUAUCAGCGAGACAAGACUAGAAUGAAUGGUCAAGACCACCUUAACGGAUCGCAUUUAAAAAAACGUGUAGAGAAUGGCCAGAUGCCGAACAACAUAUGUGGUGAUCUGGAAGGUGCUUUAUCAUUUCAAACGAGUUUAAAAAAUGAUCCAGCUACAAUCUUAAGUCAUCACCAUACACAUUCGCAUCAUCAAUUACCUCCACCUGAAUUUGCCGAUCUACCUAGCAAUAACGUCGCGGGCAUGGCGACAUUGCCACGAGCACCUCCACCGCCUAAAAUAGGUAAAAGUAACAUAAAUACACUAGCCAGUGGUCAGUUGCAAGAGAAUCAGCCGCUGUUAUCGGCUCAUCAAAUGCAAAUAAUGAAUACUAGUACUCUUACAAAGAAAAAUACGCAGUUAAAUGCGAAAUCCAACGUGACUAUGGAGGAGUUGAGGGUGUGA